GGGGGGGAUUUGCCAGGAAGGACCCGAGCCCAGAGCUGGGCAGGGAUUCUCGGAGCAGCUCUCCCGCCCCCCCCGCGGCGGGGGUGCAGAGCUGCCGGCGGGGCCCGGGCUGACCCCAACCCCGCUCCGCAGCGGGACCCGCCCGGGGGCGCGGGCAGAGCCGGGCCCGCUGCAGGUGCGCGGGGAGAGGGACGGGGCACCCACGGCCCCGCGGGAACAUCCCCCGCCCCCCGGAGCCGCCCCCGCGCCCCGCACUCACAUCCGGGGCCGGGUUUGCUAAUGGGAGGCGUAAUUAACCCGGAAAAAAGCGACGGCGGAGCCAGGGGCACACCCCCCGCCGCCCGGCCCUCCUCCGCGCCCCCAGCCCCCAGCGCGCUCCGCCGGCCAUGCGCGGGCCGCGCAGCCCAGGGACGCCGUGGGGGUGAUGCGAGAAGGAGCCCGGCAUGCCGUACUUGGAUCGACAGAACCGUAUCUGCGGGUUCCUGGACAUUGAAGAAAAUGAGACCUGCGGCAAGUUUCUGCGGAGGUAUUUCAUCCUGGACACCCAGGCCAACUGCCUCCUGUGGUACAUGGACAACCCGCAGAACCUGGCUAUCGGCGCGGGUGCUGUUGGAUCUCUGCAGCUGACCUAUAUCUCCAAGGUUAGCAUCGCCACCCCAAAACAGAAGCCGAAAACUCCGUUCUGCUUUGUCAUCAAUGCUUUGUCUCAGCGGUAUUUCCUCCAAGCCAGCGACCAGAAGGACCUGCAGGACUGGGUGGAGGCGCUGAACCGGGCCAGUAAGAUCACGGUGCCGAAGGGCGGCAGUGUCCCACCGGCCACAGAGAUCGCCAAACCUCCAGUGGUGGCCCAGGCCCAGGAGAGGAAGCCCCAGGUGGCCUAUAAAACCGAGAUCAUCGGGGGGGUGGUGGUCCACACUCCCAUCUCCAUCAACCAGAACGGGGGGGACGGAGGGGAGGGCAGCGACGUGGCCGCCCACCCGCUGCUGCGGCGCUCGCAGAGCUACAUCCCCACCUCGGCCGCCAAGCCGCCCGCCGGGCCCCCCGUCCUCAAGAGCGGCUACUGCGUGAAGCAGGGGAAUGUGAGGAAGAGCUGGAAGCGCCGGUACUUCGUUCUGGAUGAAUUUUCCAUCAGCUACUACAAGUGUGAGCAGGACAAGGAGCCCUUGCGCUCGAUUCUCCUGAAGGACGUCUGCAAGGCCCACGAGUGCCUGGUCAAGUCUGGUGACCUCCUGAUGCGGGACAACCUCUUUGAAAUCAUAACGAGCUCCAGGACCUUCUACGUCCAGGCAGACAGCCCGGAGGACAUGCACAGCUGGAUCCGAGUAAUCACAGGGGCAGUCCAGGCCCUGAAAACCCGCCCGAGGGAGAUGUCCUUCGUGAGAUCCACCUCCAUGGUCAAGCCCGGGGGCUCCUCGGCCCCCUCCCAGCUGAGGCAGACGGUGGAGGAGAGGAGAGCGCUGUGCAAAGCCCCUUCCUCCUCCUCCUCCUCCUCCUCCUGGCAGCCCUGGACGCCGGUGCCGCAGGCGGAGGGGAAGCAGCCGGUGCCGGAGGAGGUUCCCGCGCCGCCGAGAGACUCGGUGUUCGUGCCGGCCUUCACGGAGCGCGACGCCGGAGCCGCGCCGGGCAAGCGCGUGCGGCACAAGUCGGAGCCGCAGCACCUCAAGGAGAAGCCGUUCGCCUUCGACCUGGACGAUGAGACCAUCCGGACCUCCGACGUCUGACCGGGCACCGAGCCACACCCCCCGCGCCCGCGCCCGCGCCCGGCCGCCUCCCCGGCUGCCGGGGGGGCCCCGCGGGGCGAUGUGGGGUGCGCAGCCGCGCUGUGCCGGGGACGGCCGCUCUCCACGCGCGGCUCAGCGCCUCGGACCGAGCUCACCCCGUCGUCUCGGCGGGGGAAAAAGCGGCCCCUUCCCUCCACCGCUGCCCUUCCCGGCGAUCCCGGGUCCGGCUGGACCCGCGGCGCGGGGUCCCUGCCUGGGCUUUCCCCGGGGGGGCUCCGUGUUUCGGAAGCUGCCCCCGGGCAGGGCGGACUGCGGGCACCUGGCGCUGCCGUCGCUGUGCGGAGCGGGGAAAUGCUGGUCCCCGGCGCGGGCUGGAUCAGGGGGCAUCCGAUUCUGCAGCUGCGUAACUUUCCCUCCAAACCAAGCCUGGAGGAAGCGGUGGGAGGUCUCAGAGGUGUGAAGGGCAGUGUGGCCUUCUUUCUGUGUGGAAAAACAUUUUUCUCCCCCCUCCAUGCUGCUCAGCCUUCCCCGGGCAGAGCUGGGGAGACGCCAGCCCACAGCUGCCCGCACAAGGGACGCGCUGCAACUUCCCAGCUGGAUGACUUUUUUUCCCUGGAUACCAGCUCCUUACACUGCCUGCCUGGGGGUGUAUCAACAAAGCUGUUGGCUUUUAAUUUCGCCUUUCUAUUCCUGUGGCUGCUGUUAAACCCUGGCACUGGCAGGCUCCCUGCUCAGCCGCUCCCGAGGGUUCGUUGGUACUUUCUGAGCGGGAGCCUGGGCAGGCAGCCGGUGUGUCGGGGGCUCCCGGGGGCGGGAGGAUCCUCAGGUACGGUGUCGGUUUUGCACUGCGUACAUCCAGGCACCAGAAAGCCCCGCUGGGUGGUGAAGCGCUUUUAGCACAAAGCGACGAAAGCCGAGUGUUUAAUGAAACUGGGAAGACUUGUCCAGCCAACUCGCCAGCUGCCUGCCUUGAAAUGAAAACGAGCAGGAGUUCGUAGGGCAAUGUGAGCUUGUCAUUUCCAUAACCAGGUCAGCUCCUGUGGGAGGUGUGAUAAAGAGCAUGUAGAAAAUUCCGGAAUUCCCUAGGCAGCGAGAUCGUCCGGUAUCUUCCGCCCGCGGUGCCUGUGCGAGGAGGCAGCUCCCCGUCCUUGCUGGCAGCGGCAGGUCACGUCGGUGUGACGCCGCGAGAGCUGCAGCACGCAGCCGUGCUCCUGCGGAUAAAUCCGGGUGGCUGCCGUGGGAAUUGCAUUGCGGGCUUAGCGGCACGUGGCGCGAGCUGGAGUUAACAAGGCUUCCCUUUACUGUGGACUAGUUACCUGUUCUUUUUCUUUGCUCUUCUUUUUUCUUGUCAUUACAUGUUCUCUGCUCUGCGAAAUCAGCUCAUUGUGCAGGAGCAAAAAAAAAGCGGGUUGUCCCUGCCCUUUGCAGGUCUCCAGCCGUUUGGCAGCUGUGCUGCAGCCUAGCUAGGCUCGGCCUGGGAUGGAGCGGAGCUUUGUCACUUGAGCUCUGAGGUGUUGGUUUGCCCAGUGGAUCUGAACAAGAUUAAAACUGCAUCUUCCUGCCUUGAUCUCCUCCAGCUGCGCUGGGGCCCGGGCAGGCACAGCUGAAGGUGCCUUGGUGCAGCCUGGGGCCUCCCAAAUUCGGGGGUUGGAGUGGCUCAGGGGGGUCGUGCAGAGAUGCUGGAGAACACUGAAAAUAUGAAAACAAGUGGGAAUUGAUGCAAACGGUACAGGGUGAGUGUUAAUAUUUGUUAUUUAAUUGUAGAAACCUAGAUCCUGCUGUUCCUUUUUCUUCUCUUUUUUGCUUUACUUGCACUAGUUUUUGAAGUUUCUUUUCUUUUUUUUUUUUUUUUUUUUAGGCUGACUUGCUGUUUGGCUCAUAACAUGGUGUUCCCAAAAUGGUUUAGUAAUUUGGUGAGCCUAUCGAUCAUAGAGUCACAGUGCUUGGUGAUAGCGCUCUGACCUCAUUUCUGGAGAACAUCAAACGCAGAGGGAUGAUGGUUGCUUUGUGCAAGGCUCCAAAACCAUGGAGUACCAAGUAUAUUUGUUCCUUGAUAAUUGCAAAGUUUCCUCAGGCCUGGGAAGGUAAAGCAGAAGCUUGUUGCACAAUUAGGGUUAAUUAUUCAGGAGGAGAAGCUACCAGUGGCUCCAGAGCUAUUGCAACAUUCCUGUUUCUCAUUCCCACGCUUCCCGCAUCCCCAGGACAGCGUGAAGGCGGAAUGUGAGAGUGAAACAAGUGUGUGCAAAGCCGAGCUGGGCUCCAGACCCAUCUGUGGUGCAGGUGGUGGUGUGGGGAGGAAUUGCUCUCCCAUCCCCAAGGACCAGGCAGAUGCAGCCAGGACUCUGGAGCUUUGUUGCGAUUACUAAAGCGAACUGGUAUCCCCUCACCUCUGCGUUUGCCUCCCGGUUCUCCCACGUGGGGACAAAGGCAUCCCCCGUAGCUGCUCCCUUUGGAGAAUGAAGUGCGUGCUGUGAGUUCCCCGCUUUCCCAGGGAUGUGUGCAGGUUCCAGGUAUCUUGUGUGGAAAGAGUGGAGUGAGAGAUCCCCAGCGGUUUCGGCCGUUUCUGUGAGUGCUGGCAGUGGAUUUCAAGUGCUCUUAGGGCCCGGGUGCCUCACGUGAGCGAUGCUCCGUGACCCCCGCGGUGUCGGUUACUUGCCUCCCACCCCUCGCCUGUAAAUGCUGGCUGCAGGAGAUGGAAACGCCCUUUUUUCCCUGUGUUUUUAAAUAAAGAAAUAAAUCCCA